UUUUCAUCUUGGAAUGGUCCCAUCAUCUGUUUCUAUCAUUGGAUCAUUUAAAAAAGAGGGUAUUGUUAUCACAAUCAAACAGGAUAAAUCAACGGGUCAUUGGUGGUUAUGUCUACACUAUAGUAUAGAUUGUUUUGGAUAUUGGCCGAAAGAAAUAUUCCCUUACUUAAGUACAGGAGCGUCUAUCGUUAGAUAUGGCGGGGAAACUUAUACUCCACCUGGAAUGGUUAGCCCUCCAAUGGGCAGUGGAAGAUUGCCACAAGAAAAAUACAUAAACUCAGGUUUUAUGGAAAAUAUUGAAAUUAUUGAUUCAGAAUAUAAUGAUAUUGACACACAACCUAAAAAUAUGAAGAUAAAUAAAGGCUCUAAUUUAAAUUGUUAUGACUUGUUAUACCAUGGUGAUGAAGGAAGCUAUGUUCAUCAAGCUUUUCUAUAUGGUGGGCCAGGUGGAAAGUCGUGUUAAUUA